UCGCUGCCGGAGGAAGGGGGCGGAAGAAGUGAAGGGGUCGUGGCUGGUGCCGGUGGGAGUUGCUGUCGCCGCUGCGGGUGCGAGCUCCGGAGAGAAAACUGCUUUGCCAUCUUCACUUACAAGUGCAGCAGACCCGUGGACUCUCAUUAGUGUAUCAGCUCUGACACUGCCUGAAGUCAAGUGGCAGCAGCAGUGGCAUGUCCAGACAUAAGCAGAGCCAGCAGCUUUUUCUGCCUCACUUGUACUCAAGAGUCUUGUAUUUGAAAGCCACUUCAAGCUCUUCAACUCUCAUAAGUCAAGAUGAAGCAACAAAUUGAAUUAGUUUUCUAGUUCAAACCAAAUUAUCUUGCAUCUUCAAUAGCAAUGAAACAGGUAGAUUCUAAUAGCAUUAUAGACCUGACUUCAUGUUGAACAUGAGCCUUGUUAUGAUCAUUGAGAAUGUGAAGUUGGCCCGUGAAUAUGCCUUGCUGGGAAAUUAUGACUCUGCAAUGGUCUACUACCAGGGAGUUCUUGACCAAAUGAAUAAGUAUCUGUACUCUGUGAGAGAUACCUAUCUCCAACAGAAAUGGCAGCAGGUUUGGCAGGAGAUAAGUGUGGAAGCUAAGCAUGUGAAAGACAUAAUGAAAACACUGGAGAGUUUUAAGCUAGACAAUACUCCAUUGAAAGCCUCACAACAAGAAUUACCAGCUCACGAUGCAGAAGUCUGGUCUUUGCCAGUACCUGCUGAACGUAGACCUUCGCCAGGACCCAGGAAGCGCCAGUCUGCUCCGUGCAGUGAUUGCAGAGGUCACAAUAAUCGUGUAAGUGCAGCUGUCAGAGGCUCUCACCGUCCAUCCUCUCGAAACCCCAAUGAUAAAGGGAAGGCGGUCCGCAGCCGGGAAAAAAAGGAUCAGCAAAAUAAAGGAAAAGAGGAAAAGAACAAAUCCACAUCUGAGAUUUCAGAGUCUGAACCAAAGAAAUUUGAUAGUACUGGAUAUGACAAAGACUUAGUAGAAGCUUUGGAAAGAGAUAUAAUUUCUCAGAAUCCCAACAUUCGAUGGGAUGACAUUGCUGAUUUAGUAGAAGCCAAAAAGCUCCUUAAGGAAGCUGUAGUUUUACCAAUGUGGAUGCCAGAGUUUUUCAAGGGGAUUAGAAGACCAUGGAAGGGUGUGCUGAUGGUUGGUCCUCCUGGUACUGGAAAGACCCUCCUAGCAAAAGCUGUAGCCACUGAAUGCAAGACAACUUUUUUCAAUGUUUCUUCCUCCACACUUACCUCAAAAUACAGAGGAGAAUCUGAGAAACUUGUUCGUCUGCUGUUUGAAAUGGCUCGAUUUUAUGCCCCAACAACCAUAUUUAUUGAUGAGAUAGACUCCAUCUGUAGCCGCAGGGGAACUUCAGAGGAGCACGAAGCCAGCCGACGUGUGAAGGCAGAACUGCUAGUUCAAAUGGAUGGUGUUGGGGGGGCUACUGAAAAUGAUGAUCCUUCUAAGAUGGUCAUGGUACUUGCUGCUACUAAUUUUCCUUGGGAUAUUGAUGAAGCUCUAAGACGGAGACUAGAAAAGAGAAUUUACAUUCCUUUACCAUCAGCCAAAGGUAGAGAGGAACUCCUAAAAAUAAAUCUGCGAGAGCUGGAGCUGGCUGAUGAUGUUGACCUUGCAAACAUAGCUGAGAAAAUGGAGGGUUAUUCAGGUGCAGACAUUACCAAUGUAUGCAGAGAUGCAUCAUUGAUGGCUAUGAGGAGGCGUAUUGAAGGCUUGACACCAGAAGAAAUAAGAAAUCUUCCCCGAGAUGAAAUGCACAUGCCAACAACUAUGGAAGACUUUGAAAUAGCUUUGAAGAAAGUUUCUAAAUCUGUUUCUGCUGCGGACAUUGAGAAAUACGAGAAAUGGAUAGUUGAGUUUGGAUCAUGUUGAGUUGUCUUCUCUUGAAGAAACCACCUUGUGUCUUAAAAAAGCUUUAGAAAUAAUUGAUGUGUCAGCAUGCUCUUUUUAACUUUUGUAAUUUAAGAGCAACAGAUGUCUAAAUAAAUCUUUUUCUUAAAUGCAA